AGCUUGUUUGUGGUUAGCAUCAGCGUAGGCUUGACAGCCAUAGUGGCAUUUGUUUGCCUGUAUCUGAUCUUUCCGCGCGAUCUCGAGAUGACAUACUCGAGAGAGAUCGAAACGCUGUCGUCGUAUAUUCCUCCGGAACCACCUUCUGCCCCGGGAGAAAAGAAUGUCAACGUCACAUUACAGGAUCACAUCACCGUCACCAACAAUAACUUCCUAGCCGCGUCUGUGAGCAGCAUUGAGCUGGAAGUCUUCUACCGCGGCUCGUUCUCCGGUCGAGCGGUGGUACGGAAUAUGAUUGUCCCAGCACGAGACAAAUUAGAUGUCGAUGUGACCGUAAACGUCGACCAGCUGACGCGAGACUCGGCGCGGUCUAUGUUUAAGAACUGCAUCUUCUUCCCGCAAAUGGAGCGUCUCGAUUUCCGCAUGAAUGUGACCGUCACAGUGUUGAGCCAAAACCAAAAUAUGUUCCGCAAAUUCUCCGCCUUCGUGGAUUGCAAAAAUACAACGGAGGAGGAAGUCUUCACCUACCCGAGGAUACCCAAUUUCGCACAAUUCGGUAUAGAUCAUACCUGAAUGGGUUCUCAUGCCAAAAUAGAUUAGACAUCAGGUACUCGCUCCGGACGACGUACUCCACGUCAAUGGCUCAUAUUGAGAGUCACCCACAAACAACGAACAAGUAGAUUCCAGACUGAUGCACUAAAUAGACAGCGGGAACACGCAUACCUGCGUGGUCGUAUAUGCGUAUGUAUCAAGAAAAGUACAGAGAUACAUAUGCACACAUACAGUUUCUUCUUGACCUCAUCGGAAUAUUGUUGGAGGCAUUCUAGUGUGUCAACAGUACUGUCAGCUGCUCAGCGGGUGUGUAUGCUUGCGCAAUUGCAUUGACGUGAUCGUUGAUGAGAGUUAUAGCUCACAGACGGGUUCUCCACUCAUGUUAGGGAAUACAUAUGAGCCUGCCCAUGACCAGCGUCAUCGGCGGAAGAAAGAUUGACAGACAAGCAACCAGGUGGCCACUGUACCACGUUAGUGCUUCUGCGAUAGGACACUCAAUGAGGAACAAUGCCUCUGCUUUGGCGUCUAAACCGCAGCCAAGCGAAAGCAUACAUGGUAAUGUGUAAUGUGUUGCCGAUACGGGGACGUUGUUGUUUCUCGCUUGGGUCACCACCGGCUGUGCAUAAAGGUUACGCGGUUUGGCUGGGGCGUGCAGCAGAGCGUAAGCCAGCGUCGGGUAUACAUCCCCAGAUUGCAAGGACCAACCCAGAAAUCUAUAAGUAGGAUUCAGCAUAAUCUAGCAUGGCAUAAGUCCAUCUGAAUACAUCUGGGCGAGUGUUCGGAGACCUGUGCCUGGUGUGGAUAGCUAUUGUAUUCAGCGAGCUUGCCAGUGAUCCAAGCCUAGCACGGCAUAAAACCACGUGCACAUAGCCGCUCAGGGAUAGCGCAGUACAAGUUGGGAAUGUAGAGGUGCGGCUGAAUGAUACGGGCCGUUUUAGGCUACCAAAUUAGUUAUGUCGUACUGUCCUAUACCACAGUGUUUCUAUAAAUUUUACUAUAAAGGGAUAACCAUUUAGUUGCUUCACAACUUAUUUCUGUGGAGGGUUUUAGAAAUAUCUUCACCGUGUCUGUAUCGAACGCUGCUUGUAAGUCGACUCAAAUUACAGC